UUUUUGUUUAAAUGCUAAAAGUAUUCUUUCAAAAGUUUCAUACAAUUUAUAUACGUAAUUAACUUAUUUAUCAAAUAUAUAUAUAUAUAUAUAUAUAUGCAAUAUAUUAUUUAAAAAGAGUGUUCAUCAAUUUGUCGCGUUUACACGAUUAACGCAUAAUGAUACUUUGAAAAUAUAACUCUUGUCAUUGGUUUAUAUGCGUUAUUAUAUAAAUUAAUAUUAAAAACGUAUCUUACAAUGUUGUCAUUGCAUUUAAAUAUAUUCAAUGCGACAAUUAGAACAUUUCCGUAUUGGAGAUUAAGUUCAUUUUUAAGUACAAGUGUAAUAAGUCCAGAACACAGUAACUUAAAUAAGCACGAAGAAAGUGUCAUUCAAAAUGAUAACAAAUAUUCCAAGAAAGAAAAAUUAUUACAAGAACAAACAAAUGUAUCACAGAUAUCAUCAUCAUCAUCAUCAUCAUCAUUAUCAUCAUCAUCAUCAUCGGACAAAUUGCAAACUAAUACUUUUAUGUCUUUAGAUGAUAAAAUAGUUAAGACUAAAAAUACUAAAGAUUUGAUUGGUAUUAUGAACGAUCCAAAUAUAACAAUUGAUCAAGUUAAACAAAUUUUAAGUCAAAUUUCUAAUUUAAAGCCCAACGUAGAAAAACGAACAACAGUUUCAGAAUCCAAAAUAACUCAAAAUGAAUCCACAAAAUUGGAUAGUAACAUUGGAUUAUUACCAUUGUCAACACCCAAAAUAAUUCAGAUACUCAAAAAGUUAUCAUACACCAGUGAUAGAAAUAUACCACUGUUAAAAACAUUAACUUAUAAUAUCAGUAUGUACGGCAAAAAAUUAAAUACAAGAAUGUGUGGUGAUAUUUUGUACAGUUUGGCUGUUUUAAAUUAUCCAGAUGAGAUAUUAUUGGAGAAAAUAAUGUCUACAUUACUCAAUGAAUUACCUGAUAAUGAUAAAGGACCUACUAUGGGUUCAAUAGCAAUGUCUUUAAAAUUACUUAAGUAUAAAAAUCGUGAUGUAUUAGAUGCCAUUUUAUUAUGGGCUAAUAAUAAUCUAGAAAAAUUAAGGUUUCAAGAUGUUACUUCGAUUAUAGGAUGUUUAGCUUCGUUUGGUUAUAUUCCUAAAACUAUGAAUAAUCUUCAGGAAUAUAUAAAUUCAUUAACUCCUGAUGUUACAUCAAAUUAUCACUUGUGGCUAGACUUUGUAUGGUCUUUGACAGUUUUAAACAGAGUGUCUACGAACCACGUUUCAUCUGUAUUAUAUAGUACAUUUACUGACAAAAUGUUAUAUAAAGAUAAUCUCAAGAAUAAAAUAAAUACGAUCAAGUUAUUGAACAUCAAUGCUGCUGCACGUUUUAUUAUGGACAAUUAUGAUGGUCCCUAUAUUAAAAACAAAGAAUUAUUUUCCUUAGUCGCUGAUACCAGAAGACAAAAAGUAGAACUCAUUGAAGCUUUGAAAGAGGCAUUGGAACAAAUCAAUCCUCUUUGUUUCGAAACAAAUAUUAAAACAAAGAUGGGUUUUACCAUAGAUGUAGAAAGUUGCCUGGAUGAAAAUAACAAAUUGGUAAAACGUGUUGAAAAUGAUUCAAAGAAUAUGAGGUUAGCAAUAAUGGUACAUGACUAUCAUGAUUAUUCUCGAGGAAUGGAAGAAUUAUUAGGAAUACCUCAAUUUUAUAAUAAAUUAUUAACCACUCAAGGUUAUAAAUUAUUAAAUAUUUCUUAUCAAAACUUCAGCGUAAAUGAUAUACUUGCUAAACGUGUUAAGUAUUUACGAGAUAAGAUUGAUUCGUUACAAACGACGUCUUCUUCUUCUUCUUCUUCUUCUUCUUCUUCUUCUUCUUCGAUGUAAUUACAUAAAGUGUAACUAUGAUAACUAAUGAAAAUAAAUUAAAUAGCUUAUUUA